AUGACUUUUAUAUCUUCCGUUCUCUGCUACAAAGUAUUUACUGACGAAAGAAUUUUUAGAGAAGACUUUUUAAUCAAAUAAAAAAUGGAAAAGUGGAUGCUCAUUAUUGAUAAAGUGAUUCCUUCUUCUGUUUUUAUUACAAAAUUCAAUCCAAGAGAAGAAACUAUAGAACUCUCUUAGUCAAACUAAAAAGCAAAGAACUAAUUCGAAGUUAAGAAUAGCGAAUAAUUGUAAACCUUUAUGGCUAAAACUUUUCUUGAUAAAAAUAGUGAAGCAACUUUAAUUCUCAACAAUUCGACUUAGCCCAACAAUUUAAAAAAGAAGAUAAGGACUCUCAUUGAAAGAGAAAAGAUAAAUAACUAAAAAAAGCUUUAUUAAAAAAGAAUUUAAGACAAUGUAUAAAAAAUGAAAUCGAUUGGCGAUAUCAAUUCUCAUAAUAACAAUAAUAAGAUUCUCUAACAGGCAAAUACAAUUACAAAUAUGCUUAACUUUAAGAAUAGAAGUAGAAUAGAUAGCAAAAAUUCUGUUUUCACUGAUUAGCAAACACCUUACUCCCUUGAAAACUCAAGGAAAAUUUCAAAUAACGGAAAUCAAAAUAUGAAUAAUAUUCCAUUACCAUUUCGUAAUCUGGUAAUGAAGAACAAAAGAAAUAAAGAAAGCUAUGGAAAUAUAGAUGAAGUAAAUAAAAAUAAUAGUUUACCUCUUCUAGCUUAAAAUCAAAUAAACGAAAAUCUAGAGUAAGAAAAUCUAAAUAACAGUUAUACAAGUUAGCCUGUGCAAAGGAAAGGCAGGAGAAUGAGAACAAUUAGAAAUAGGCAGUAUAUCAUUAAAAACUAAGAAAACCCUUCUUAAAAUAGCAAUUAAAUUUCUGAAAAUAUCAAUAACAACAAUUUUAUUUUAGGAUAUUAUCGAAAAGAUGAAUUAUCGGAACAGUAGACUUUUUCUAUAAAACUUUAUAGCUAUUAUCUCGAGGAAAUAUACGUAAUAGUUGUUAUUGAUGAGGAAUCUUAUGAAUAGAAAAUGAUUAGAGAAAAGAAUAAAUUAAGAGAAUUUUAGCUAAAUUCUAUAAGAUUUGUCAAUGAGCUAAGUUAACAAGCAAAGAAUAUGUUUGCUGAGCUAAGAAACUUGUAAAUCUCUUAUAUCAAUUUAGAUAAUUCCUAGAAAGAAAGUGUUGUUGAAUUGAAAGAAUAAAAUUUGAAGGCAAUCAACUAUUGCUUUGCAAUUAUAAAUAACAUUGACAACCACAUCAUUAGUAACAGCUAUAUCCCUACAAAUAUAGUUGAAGAAGAUAUCAAAGAAAUUGAUUUAAACUAGCUGAUAAGUAAUUUAUUGCAAGUAUUGUAAAUACAUAAAGAUGAAAAGAACCUAAAAUGUGUAAUAUACAAUAUCUAUAAAGAGAGGCUAUAGUCGUCAUCUAAAUACUUGACUUAGCUCCUUUACAAUAUUUUAAAUCUUAGUUUUCAAAUUUGCGCUGACCAAGGACUUGUGCAAAUAGAAAUCAAAGAGGUCAACAAAACAUUUUAUACAUCUUACAUUGAAUUUUGUAUUAAACAUACACUUAAAGAUGAUCUAUUUAGCAUAUUCAAUUUCAAUGAAGAUUAAAAACUCAUCUUUGAAACAUCUAAAAAGCUUCUUGAAUUUAUUAGUCCCUAUAGCAAAUUUUUCAUUAAGCAAAGAAAAAAUUUCUAUGCCUAAAUAAAAUUCUAUUUAUAUAAGGAUUUAAAUGAAAUCAACGUAUUUAAUAGAACUAGAUAGACUAUGCUGUAAUAUACUCUCAAAGGAAACGAAGGAAAUCACUUGAUUGAAUAAGAAGAAUGUUUAAGUGAAGACUUGUCAAUCGACUUUGAUGAUGUUUGUGCAAACAAGAUGGGCUCACAUAAAGAGACAAACAAGAAUACAAGAAACGCUUUAAGGACCUAUACUACCUAGAGAUAAAACACAGAUUAACAAACAAAAUUAACUUAAGAAUAAACAGAUGAGGAUAUACGUCAAAGAAAAGAUACUUAUUUAAGUCAGUAGAGUAGAUGUGCUCCACAAAUUACUUCUAGUGUAUUUGUUGAAGGAAUCUCUGGGUAUAAAAUACCUUUUGGAAAAUUAUUUGCUGAAUAACAAAAAGAGAAUCAGUACUAAGUGAAAUAGUAAAUGCAAUAUCAUCAUAAUGAUGAUUAAGAAGGAAUUUCAGAUGACUAUGAAUGUGAUGAAGAUCAAGAAGAGACAUCAAAAGUUGAAGAUUUUAACACAAACCGUUAAAUUGAAACUAAAGUAUACAGAUAAAGAAAUAGUAAUAAUAAAAAACUAGGUAAAAUGCAAAGAGAUUAAGAUUCUAGUAAAGAAUAAAGUGAAGAAAAUAAGAUAGAAAAUGAUGAAUAAUCUCAAAAUGUAUCAAAAAAGAGAUUCUCUUCUCGCUUGGAUACCAGGAAUACUUCUCAGAGAUCUCAAUAUAAUAUAAGAUCAAAAAAGAAUUCAUGUUUCAAUGAAAAUAAUAAUGAAGCAAACUAGCUUUAUUUCCAUGAAAGAUAAAUUUCGUCUGCAAUAAGAGAAGAUGAUGAAGAAAUUACAUUAACAAAAUCAAAUAAUUCUAACUUUAAUCAACUAAAAAUUAUAUAAAACGAUGACAUGCAAAAUAACAGUGAAUUUGAAAACAAGCAUAAAAUGACACCUGAAUAAUUUAAUUCUCCAUCAACUUCUAUUCAUACAGACUUCAUUCAUGAAAACAAAGAUGAGAUAAAAGAAAUUAUUUAAAUUUAAAAUUCAAAACUAAAGUAUAAAGAAAAAUCCAUUUUUUAAAGUAGAUAUAACAAAGAUAAUGAAGCCAAAAAUUUAUUAUCAGAAUAGUGA